GCUUUGGUUUUAGUUGUGGCCAAACUGUGUAGCAGGAAUGUUGGUGAAUGCCAAUUGGGUUCUGACUGUGCUGUGGCUGUGCUGCAGGGGCUUCCCACCGGUCGGGGCUGUACCCUGCCAGCCGCUGGCCUGGCGCAGCUUCGAGUGUCACGAGCUGUCCAGUCUGCAGGAUCUGCUUGGUGUAGGGGGAGCCGAGAACUGGCACUCACUGGCGGUGCGUAAUGAACGCACGGAACUGGAACUAGAUUCGGACACAACCCUCCAGUUGUUGUCCAAUCUUUCCGACUUGGAUCUAUCUGCCGUGCAGCAACUAAAUCUACGCACUCGCGGCUUCUCCGCGCUGCCCAAUUUGCGGCACUUGAACAUCAGCGGCUGCGGUCUGGCCGAGCUGCGUGGCAGCCACUUUGCGGUUGAGUCAGCGCUGCAGCAGCUCGAUGCCAGCCACAAUCGCCUGGAGCUGCUCACAAAGGACGCGCUUGGCAAUUUGCGCAAAUUGAUUUAUGCCAAUUUCUCACACAACGCGCUGACCGGCUGCGAGCUGCCCCACUUGCCGCUGCUCAAUCGCCUGGAACUUGGCCACAAUCGGCUGGUUAAUGUCAGCCUCGGAGUCUGUCCGCAGUUGCAGCAGCUGCAGCUCCAGGGGAAUCGCCUCGCACAGUUGGAUGUGAGCGCUUUUCGCGGUCUGCAUGGGCUGCUGGAGCUGCAGCUGAGUGGCAAUGGAUUGACACUUAUUGCCCAGGAAACAUUUCUGCCGCUCAAUCAGCUGCGAGUGCUGAAUCUCUCCCACAACGCACUCGACGCGCUGCGUCCCAAUGUGUUUGGAGCGGCUCAAAACUUUGUGCUGAAUCUGCAGCAGCUGGACCUGGCUGCCAAUCGCAUACGUCUGCUGUUCGACAACCAAUUCAGGGUGCUGCCACGACUGCAGCUGUUGGAUUUGUCCCGGAAUAGCAUUGCCAGCCUGAGCGGCGGUCACUUUGUGGGUUUGGGCGUGCUGCGCAAGCUCUAUCUGCAGUCCAACGAUAUACUGGAGAUCAAGCCGAAUGCAUUUGCGGCACUGCCCAACCUGGACACAUUGGAUUUGUCGUACAACAGCCUGGAGUACUUCGAGGAGCAGGCCUUUGGGGGCAACACAAUGACGCGGCUGCGCAGGCUCAACCUGAAUGCCAAUCGUCUGAAGCGGCUGCAUCCGCUGGCCUUCUCCUCGCUGCCCUACCUCGAGUACCUAAAGCUGGGACACAACGAACUGGCCAGCCUGGACGUGCGCAUGUUUGCACCCAUGCGGCAUCUGCAGAAACUUCACUUGGGUCACAAUGCGCUGGAGGAGAUCACCAGCGAUGUCAUGGACUGCCUGAGCAGCGUCAUGGAGCUGCUCAUCGAUCACAACAGACUCACAUUUCUGAGCGCUUCGAACGACACCUUUCCCAGCCUGAAUCGCAUUGCCAUCGAGGGGAAUCCCUGGCAGUGCAGCUGCUUCGUGGAGCUGCAGCAGUGGCUGACCGCCAAGCGCGUGACGUAUCUGCGCGAGAACACGGGCUACUACAAGGGCGAGCGACCGCUCUGUGUCAUCACAGCGGUGGAUUAUUGUAUACGCAACUUGCAGGCCGCACGCCGCCAGAACGUUCACGCAGAGUUCGAUGAGGUGGAGCAGGCGGACGCGGAAGAGAAUGAUGCCAGUGCAGACUGAUAAAACUAAACAUAAGCAGCAAGAGGGUAUCACAAACAGGGGGAGCUUAAUUUUGUAGACAGCUUCCAUUUAUCUUGAACUAAACGACAAUUUCAUA